ACAGUGACAGCAAUGUCGUCGUCGGCAGAUCAGUACCUAAUCGCAGAUUUUAAAUCUGUUCAUCUCGUAUAGAUAUUUUAUUGAAAUAAAAUAUUUCAUUGACUUGUGUCUAUAAUAAUAUAAAUCGUUCUAUUGUGCAAUUCUUCUCUUAAGAAAAUGGCGUCUCCAAGAACCCGCCGGAAAUUAAAUUUUAUUCGUAACUUAAAUGAAAACGACAAAUGUUUCGAGUGCGGUACCUUAAAUCCCCAAUGGGUGUCGGUUACCUACGGCAUAUGGAUCUGCUUAGAAUGUUCAGGCGUACAUCGCAGCCUUGGAGUGCAUCUUUCGUUUGUUCGCUCAGUCACUAUGGACAAGUGGAAAGAUAUUGAGCUAGAAAAAAUGAUGGUCGGAGGUAACUCCAAGGCCAGGGAAUUCUUGGAGAGUCAAGGGGACUAUUCGUCUGACAUGAAGAUCACACAGAAAUACAACACUAAAGCAGCAGCUAUGUAUAGACAGAAGAUAGCAGCUCUUGCUGAGGGAAAGGAAUGGAGCCCAGCUGACUUCAAAUCUGAGGUUGUAGAGAGACCCACGGAAUGGAACCAGUCUCACAACUUCUAUUCAUCUGAUGAAACUGGAAUUCAUUCAAGCGGUUCUGAUAAUAAUAUCAGCUAUCAUAGCGAGUAUGGCAGCAAUCGCUACACUGGGUUCGGCAACACCAACUCUUACUCUACCCCGACCACUCCAGUGGCUGGCAACGAGAUGGUCGAAGCUGCUCUCUCAUCUUUAUCCACUGGUUGGUCGUUAUUCACUAAAGCGGCCCGCACCGCCACUGAGGGGGCUGUGCGCUACGGAGGCAUUGCAUCUCAGAAAGUGACUGAAAUGGCUUCCACUGUCACUGAAAAGGUAAACAACCGUGGCGGUUGGAGCUCGUUGGGCGGGACUACGGAGCUACGCCGUGCGAGCAACUCCGGGAUGAACAACCAGCCGCAAAGCUAUGGAGCCAUGAAGAAUUCCACCUCGGAGCCGUACUCUAAGUGGAACGAGCAAACCCAGCCGUGGAAGGAGUCGGUGACGACCCGCAACAACCUGGACACCCGCGAUCUGUCGCAGGUGGGCAUCUCGAGCCCACCGCCCGACGUGAAGAACAUCAAGAUCAAGAAGAAAGGCGAUGACGACUCAUGGGACUGGCUGAACAACUAAGAUCUGAAAAAUUCGUUCAUCGCAACAGCAGGCAUCUGUUUACAUUGAUAUAAUAUGUUUAUUAGUAAUUUUAAGUCCAUCACACAAUUUUUACACUUUUGGAUUUGUGUUACUGAUUUUACAAGAUCUUUGCAUUAUUUGUAAUUUUUAUUGUAUUAAUGCAAUUAUUAAAUUUCUUAAAAUUUUGAACAACAUUCCUACAGGACAUAAAAAGUCAGUGUAUAAAAAUAGUAUGCAUGAGAAUAUUUUACGAUUAUUCAUCAUUGAAGACCACACUUUGGUGGUCAAUUUUAAGACAUACAGCGUAAUCUUUAUUUCAUUAAAUAUUUUAUGAGCCAAGUAUGAUAAAAGCUAUCUCUUAAUUUUUACAUUACUAAAACACUAGCACAGAGCACUAUCAACUAUUUAAAGUGCAUUGGGGUUAUAUUGAUAUAAGUAUUAAUCUAGAAAAAUGUUUAGAUGAAAGAUUGUUCUGCAGUAUCAUACUUGAUGGCUUAGAUUUUAGGUGCCAUUAUAGAGUUAAUUUUAAUAAACUAACCUAGUAGAACAAGCCAAUCAUAAAUUUCUUUUUAUAACCCCAAUACACUUAAUAUUUUUAAUUACGUAAUUAUAAUGAAAAAGUAGACUAGUUCUUGUCCUGGACGUAGCUUAGGUCUUCUUAGGGAUGUGGCAAAGGCCAUUACUAUAACUAUUACUUUAGUGAAUGCAUAUUAAUUAGACUUUUAUUUCGGAAAUCAUGAAUACUUAGUCAAUAUACGCUCAAAUACGUUUCUUUCUAUAUGGGAUUAGCUAUCUCGGUCCCAAUAUAGCUACGCCGCUGGCAGCCCCAAAAAAUAAAUAAAUUCAAUCUAAUUUGAAAGAAAAGAAUUCCCUAAUAUAAUAUGUUUUGAAAAAAUAACUGUUUUAAUGAGUGUAUACCUAAUAUUAAAUAGCAUAAUGCGAAUAAAAUUUAUUUACAGUAAUUUAAUAGUUUUACAUGAUUCAUGAAUAUAUAUUUUAAUUAUUAAAAAUUAUGCUUUUCAUAUUUUAUAUGUAGCUAUAUUUAAUUGAGAGACUAAGGUGCUUUUUGGGAUAUGAAAAUAUGAAAGAAUUUGAAUAAAUAUAAAACUUAUUUACUAUGCUUAAAACUACGCAAUUAAUUUUUGGAGAGCCCGUUUUUAUCUUUUAUUAUCGUACACUAAACAAUCAAGUCAGUAUUUAGAUAAAAACCACUUGAUUUAUAAACUGAUAAAAUAUCUUUGCAAAAAAUUUCAUCCGCCAAUUAUGCGACCGUUUAUGUAAGUUAUUAUUAAAUGGCACUAAAUCAUAAUCCAUUAUUGUGUUAAGUAUUUUGUAUAACUACGUACAAAUCUAUGUUAGGAAUAAGUUAAAUUAUAGGCGUAGCAGCGGACUUAAAAAAUGUGUAAACAACAUGGAAGUAAUAAUUUUGUUGUAUUAAUUAAUAUCUUUUUUUUUGUAGCUUUUGGCAUUUCAAAUGUAUAAAGAAUUAUAGAUAUUAUAUUGUUUGAGGCUAGAAAUUCUGUUACAGUAUUAUAACUGGAAUGAAUAUUGCUACGCCUGUGAUCAAAGUUUUUUUUUUAUGCUUUAAUCAUCUUUAGAUAAAUUAGAAUAGUUAGGAAAAUUGUUUAUAUUAUUCAAUUAUAUAUUUUGGGUCAGGAUAAUAUAAGUUUAAACACAUAAUAUGUAUGACUAAUUAAGUAACUAACAACUAAGAAAUUUUUUGUCCCAAUGAGAUUAAGGGCCUUCUAUUGGAUUUGAUGAAUAAAUACAUUGCAUCCUUGUUGGAAUGUCAUUGUUCUCAAUUUUAAUUUACAGUGGAGUUUGACAUCACAUUUAUGAACUAUUGUAAACAAUGCUGUACUUUGAUGAAAUUAAUACAUAUUAUACUAAUCCCAAAUAGGAUAAGAUGAAAAGUUCGGAUGGCCCUAUGCAAAUUAAUGUGUAUCUACUGUAUUGGUUGAAAAUAUAAUAAAAUACAAUAAAAUUG